UAGGGUUUAUGGCUAUGGCGGACGAUCCAAUCCAGGAUGUUCUUGUCGAGGCAGGGCAGCGGCAAUCUGGGGCUACUGUAGCGGCGCCUAUCGAGAUGGAAUCGGCCAGCGCUGGAGAAAAGGUCUUGGAUGAUAUCGAUGACGGGAGAGCGCAAGACGAGGAAGAGUUCAAUGGAACAUCAGCUGUGCCGCCAGUGGAGCUCGAGAAAGACUCGAGUGAGAACGCGAUUGGUGAUGAUCCAGACGAGAUUACCGAGAAAGAAGGCGGCAGCGAAGCAGAACAGGAGGAUGUCACGAAGGAACAAAUGCCCGCAGUAGAGGAAGAAACGAACCGUGAGCCUGAUGAAUGCAUGGAAAGUACUCCGGCAAACGAUGGAUCCAAGGAAAAGAACGCCACCAACAUCAGUGUUUCAUUCCCACUAGCCAGGAUCAAAAACAUCAUCAAGCUCGACAAAGAAAUCAAGGUGGUGGCUCGUCCAGCGCUGAUGGCCAUCACCCAAGCAGCACAGCAGUUCAUCGAGAGCCUAACGUCGAUUGCCUUCUCGGAGAUGCUCAAAGGCAAGCGCAAGAGUCUCCGGCUCUCACACCUCGAGGCGGCUGUCAAACGAAAGAGGGAGUUCCUCGACUUCCUGGACGAGUCCAUGGACAUUUUUGAGGAGAAGGACGACAGUGCCGAAGAAGAAGGAGAAGAAGAGGAAGAGAACGACGAUCCAAAGGCCAAGAGACAGCAGUUUCAUCCUCCGCCUCCGGGAGCCCGAUGCAUCACGGAUUUCUUUGGCAAUCGCCAAGCUGAGCCAUCAGGUGGACAAGCGUCUAGCUCUGGGAGCUAUCACCAACAGGACCAUCAAGUCGAGUGUGGAGACUACUAAUCGACGUUUACAUGCUGGUCCAGUGCUGAGAA